UUUAAAAGAAGCCAGCUGGUCUGAAACUACAUGUAGAAAUUAAUAAGUGCUAAGCUACAGAAUUAAUUUUCUUCGAUGGAGAAUUUUGACUCUAUUUGCAAUCUUUUACUUAGUAAAAGAAAAUUAGAACGUGAUCAAGGGGUUUCAAAGCUGACUGAACAUUUGGAAAAAGCUAAUACUAGCGACAUUCAACACAUACAAAAGUCACUAAUUAAAAUUUUGGAAGACGAUGAAAGUAUAUGGGAGGCGAAACAUGGAUCUCUUCUUGGAGUUAAAGUUUUAAUUAUAAAAAUGAAGAACAUGGAGUUUGUUGAUGAAUCCAUUUUUCUUCAGAACAUUCUUAAACUAUCUACAGCAUUCUUAACUCAUGAUGAAGUGCGGAUACGUCUAGCAGCUGGUGAAGUACUUGGAAGUAUGUGCUUUCUGAAAGGGCCUGAAAUUUAUGGACUAACUAAAGAUUAUGUACUUCAAUUGAUAACGGAUAAUUUAGAGCGAGAUUCUAUGGAUACUGAUUCUGCUUUUGUCGAAUCCAAUGAAGAUACAAGUGCGGAGAAAAUUAGACAAGGACAGAGAAUUCGGCGUUUGAGUUCUGAUGCCUCUCAGAUAUUUCAUGAUACAGCUGGAUGGAAAUGCCUGGAAACAAGUAUGAAGUGUCUUCAGUCUAUGGUUGAUGGCUGUGGUGAGCAUUUCAAGCCUUACAUCACUGAUGACUUUUUGGAUCUUCUGUUUAAAACCCUGUCUCACACAAAUCGGUUUGUCAGAGAAACUGGAUACUACGUUUUAGGGUCAUUGGUUAGCUGUGGAACGUCCUGUGAAGGAUCUUCUUACAAACCAUUUGAUGCUAACCAUUUUGGCUAUCGAAUGAGCCUUCAACUUGGAAUUGGUUUAAGUGAUAACUGGAGUCAAGUGAGACUGGCUGCAUCUGAAUGUGCCAGGAAGUUUUUAAUGUCUUUUAAAUCAGAUGAUGAAAAAGAAGUUUUCUUCCCUCAGCUUUUACCUCAUAUGUGUUUGAACAGAUAUUAUAUAGCUGAUGGUGUCAGAAUUUAUUCCCAAGAAAGUUGGCGAAUGCUUGUAAAAGAAAAUGGGAGGUUUCUUGUUAAAAAAUAUAUUUCUUACUUUGUCAAGCAUUAUAUUUCACAAACACAAGCAGAUAAUCAUGCUGUACGUGAAGCGGCUUGUGCAUGUAUUGCUGAAUUAGCUUCUAAGGUUGACCAGGAAGCUACGAAGCCUUUUGUGUCUGAACUUUUAAAAACACUUUUAGACUGCUUUGGCGAUGACAGCUGGCCAGUAAGGGAUGCUGCUUGUCUUGCAUGUGGAAAUUUUGUGCUUUGUUUCCCAAAUGAAUCUAGAAACGUUUUGGAUAAACUGUAUCCAUUGUUUUUCACGAACCUAAAAGAUGGGAUUCCCUCAGUACGGCAAGGAGCUUCUGGGGCACUAGCUAAUGUGGUAAGAGCUUAUGGAGUAGAUGCCUUUUUGACAAUUAAACCUCAAAUUGUUGAUGGUUUAAAAAAUGUUGAAAACCAAGCGUCUGAAUCUGAAAAGUAUGGUCAGAUAGAUAAAAGUCCUGCUGCCUUUGGAGUUGUCAAAAGAAUGAGAGAUAAUGAUAUGGAAUUGCACUCCAAUCAACAAAUGUAUUCAUGUGGCUCUCUGGCUCCAAAAAUGGGUCGAGGAGGUGGUUGUUCUGAUCACAAAUUCCGAAAACCACCCGAACCGUGGGAAUUAGCAGAUGGAUGCAUUCAUUUAAUUGGAGAGUUAUCUCAAAUUGAUGAAUUAGCCACUCAUGUUUGUGAAAUGUUACCUCUUCUACAUGAAGCUGUCAGUCACAGGCAUUAUACUCAUCAUGUUUGUCUGUUAGAAUCACUUUGCAAACAGUUGCCCAGGAUUUGCAAAGGCAUUGGAAAAAAGAUAUUCAAGCAGUACUUGGAAAUUUUCUUGGAUGACAUAUUUUAUUCCCUUACUUGUGAAAAUAUUUUGACUUCAACUGCUGGAAGCCAGUGCUUAUCAGAACUUUCUGUUUUGCUCGGUGCAAGCAUUUUAAAAGCAAGAAUUGAAAGUUUCAAUCCAAGAUUCUUAGAGUUGAUGGAAAGCAAUUUAAAUAAAAGGUGAUGGAAUCUACUUGAUCAAGUUUGACUUCUGAAAAUUUAUAAUCUAAGUACUUUCUUUGCUGGGAAACAAUAUAUUUUGUCUUUCUAAGAAAGCUGAUUUUAUACUAUUGAUCUCUCUUUGUUGAUUUGACAUUUAUAUUUUCAUUAUGUUUAGCUUUCAGUUGCUACAAGCUACUUCUCAUGUUUUCAAAACAGCAACUGACAAGUGUGAAAAUUUGAAACUAUUGGUGAAAAAUCAUUUAUCAGAAUUACUGCAAGUGUGAAAGUAUGUAUUGAAAAUUAUUACUCAUACAAAGUCUCGUAAAUUAAUCAAGGCUUGGAAAAACUAAUUUUUGCACCCACGAAAUAGAAGAAAUGAAAUACUGUGUCUGUCAUAAGACGGAAAAUAUCAACAUUGUAUCGUUUUUUUGUAGCAUUACAGGAUUUUUUUAAAUAGUAAAUGGUUCAUUAAAAAAUGAAUUUUAAUAUUUUGUUUUUAUUUUUUUUAAAGCAUAAAUCUGUUAAAUUUAUUCUCCUAUUUUUAAUUUAUAAUAUACAGUGCAUUCCACAUAUACAGCUAGGCUGACAUACAUCAUACACACUUCGAAUGAUGUAUUCAUAAACUCCUGAUUAUAACCAAAGUUCGAAAAUAUCAUGAUAUUUUCCAAAAUAUCGAAUAUUUUGAUAUAUAUCCGAUAUUUUCAAUCAGCACAAACUAAAGUCUUCAAAAUAAUAAAUGCAUCCUCAAAUCACUCUUUAAUUAAUAUUACAAUAUGUAGACUUAAGAUUUCUUUCAUUAUUUAUAUUUAAUAUUUCAUUUUACAUUUUAAUCAAUUUUAAUGGAGUUAAUUUAGCAUUGAUAUUUCCCAAUGUACUCAUGCUGUUGUACUCAUUUUUCUUCUAUUAGCUACUUCUACACAGUUAUAUGAUUCAGAUAUAAAAGAUAUGCAUCUGUCGCUACGCAGUUAUAAGGCAUUUCUUUUUUCUGACCAACAUGUAAUAUUUAAUUAGGCACUUUUAAUAUGAAUUAAAAUUGUAAAAUUACUGAUAAUUUUAUGAGUAUAAAACAAAAAAGAAUUACUUUGCUGCAUUAAUGAUGUAUUAAUACAUCUUAAAAACAUAGUACAUAACUUUUUGGUUAUUUUUAAUAAUAAAUGAACAACAUUAGUGUGAUUAAUAUAAUUUUCCCAUUGAAAAUACCGUAGUUGAAAAAAUAAAUAUCAAAAUAUCAUGAUAUUUUCUAAAUAAAUAUCGGAUAUAUACCGACUGAUAUAUAUUGGCGAACCCUGCUUAUAACCGCACAUAUUACCAAUAUUCAUAGCUUAUUUAUUCAUCUAACAGCAUUUAUAAUUAGUACUAAUUGGCAUUACAGGUGGCGUUGUAAACUUAAUGAAUACACCAAUCAGAGCAUGUAUGUAGUCUGUCAACACAACCUUAUGUGAGACACACUGCAGACUGUUUUGUACAUUUUAUGUUUUACCAACAGAUUUUUUUCUAGACUACAGAUGUUGUUAUGAUUAGUGUCCUCUGUAGUUUUCAUCUUUACAAAAAAAGAAAAGAAAAAAGAGAUUGUUAGUUUUUCUUUUGUAU